UGUCAGCUGCCCUGAGAAUGGGUGGAAGGCCAGGUGUGACAAGUGAAUGGCCAUAACCCAAAGUCACGAGUAAGCUUAUUGCAUCAUAACAUUGUACUGAAUGUAAGCAGUAAAGAUUGGAGCCUGGAAGAGGGGGGCGGAUGUCGCGCGCAAGAGCUGCGCGUUGCGCGCAUGCCAUUUUGCUCUUCAUAUUGCUGCAGCUGUUCCUAAAGCUGUCAAGCUCACAGUCAGCGCCCGGAGACAUCGAUGCUCUGCGCGUUUUCCUGGCGAGCGCAGCGUCGCCCGGUGAAGUCAGCUUUGAGCUAGUAAAAGGCAAUUACAGCUUGGAAGCACCAUUGUUUUUCAAUGCGACGGUGGCUAACAUGACCUUGACUCUCCUCGGUGGGGGCUCCCGCUUCUUGUGCGUCGGAAACAUCACCGGCAGCGCGAUUGUUGUGGCGCCUGGAGCUUCUGUGGUGGUCAACAACAUCACCUUUGAGCGCUGCGCCCCGGCCGUAGUCUUGCAACCGUCACUCUCGGGCCAGGGGUCGAACGUCUCGGCGGUUUCGGCCACCGCGGCCACGUUCAACGGCUGCACCUUCGCACAGAACCGCGGCGGAAAGACCUUGGCCGCCAAUGGCACCAGUCUGGCCCCACCGUAUCCACUGGCGCCGUCCGCCAUCGCCGCGCUGGGUGUUGGCGGCAGCAGCGUCAGCCUGCGCGUGGCGGACUGUGCCUUCCUUGGGAACGGCGUCGCGGGGGCCGUGCCAACCGCUGUGGAUCUGCGCGCCACCAGCCCCCCCAUUGGCGUGCGCUGCAUCGGCGACAGCAGCAGCAACAGUAGUGGCCGCGGCGUGUGCCGUACUGUCAUUGAGCGCACCAGCUUCCUCGGCAACACGGGGGCGCUGGCUGCCGCGGCGCACAUGCACUGCCAGGGCACCGCCAGCUGCUCCCUGCAACUGCGGGAGGUGCAGGCUUCCAGUGAUAACAUUGCCAUGCCGAACCUCACCACCACGACCACCACCACCAAUGCCACCGUGGGCGGCAUUGUGCCGCGGCCCGGGGUUGUCGCCUACAUCGAUGACUGGAUGCAGAGGGGUGUGGCGCUGGACCCGGCGCUGUUUAGCAUGGCGGUUACCGACGUGCCUGGACCCACGUCAGUAUCCGAGCCGGCAAACGCGCCGCGCGCGGCCGUGUCUGUGGAGCGCUGCGCCCUGGCGGCGCCACCCAAUGCCUCGGCGCUGUGGGCGGCGCACGUGCCCUCCCUGCCGCCGGUCCAGGUGGGCUCCCUCAACCUCACGCUGGUGGACUCGAACUUCACACAGGGCUGGCGGGUGGUGUGGGCAAAGGCGGGGCUGAACCGGGCCACCGUGACCCGCUGCCGCUUUGCGGGCAUCACAGGCGGCGCGGCGCUAGUCCUCAACCAGGCCUGUCGCACUGUUGCUUUGAUGGACACCGUGUUUGAGGACAAUGACCUAACCAGCAAUGGUGGCGGCGUUAGUAGCAGUAGCGGUAGUAGCAGUAGUGGCAGUAGCAGCAACAGCAGAGGCAAUGUUGGGACGGACCCGCUCGUGGUGAUUAACACGGCUCUGGGCAACGCACAGCCAAUGGCUGAGAGCAGCACCGUCACCACCAACGCCACGGGUGACCUGGUCCGUGUGACCUUCCAGCGCUGUGCCCUCACCAACAACACAGUUAACACUACAUCGGGGGUCUUAUGGCUGACCGACACAACGUAUUCGCAAAUCUCCGCCACAAGCACGGCCAACCCCAGCAGCUGGCUGGCACCACGGCUGGUCAGCACACGGCUGGAGAGCAACACAAACUGGGGCCGCAACACCCUACACGUCGGCGAGAGCGCCACGCCCCUGUACGCCGCGCUGCCCUUCGCGCCCAUCAUCCGCCUUGACGCCUGCCGCGGCUUCUUCGCAAACAACCUGACCGCCCUUGGCAACACCGGCAAUGUGCUGGUGUUCACAGCCAGCGCUACUGGGGCCCCGAGGUUGCUGUAUAGCACGCUUUCAAACAACACCGUAGCCCCGGGAGCCUUGGGCGCUGCCGCCGUGACUUUUUAUCUGGCGGCGCUAUCUGGGCGUGCCGCAGACGCGGCGCGGCUGUCGGCUGAGCCGGCAGUCAUUGGGGGCGGCGCGUUUGGUGUGGCCAGGCCAUCACGUGUAGGUGGAGGGGCCGCGGCUGUGCUGAAGACCGUACCCGCCCGGGGCCCGGCAAUCGAGGUGUCUAUCACUGGCUGCACCUUCGCUGCCAACUCCGCAGCGGCGCGAGGCGGCGCGUUGGCCAUACAGGGCGGUGGUGCGCUCACGAUACGCAACAGUACAUUUGACUCGAACGUGGCCGGCGCGCGCCUCGCCGCCUGGCGGCUGCCUCCACAAUCUGACGGGCGCCGCGACCCUGCCAAUGGCGGCGGCGGCGUGUGGGCAGACGACGUGUCGUCCGCGCUGCAGGUCGCCAACUGCACCUUCAGACGCAAUGCAGCCGAGGGUCAUGGUGGCGGACUACGCGUGUCAAACUUUGCGGACCUGCAGCUGCUAGACAGCGUGUUGGCAGACAAUUACGCAACAGACACGGGCGGCGGCGCGGCACUGGUCUCGGGCGGCUCUGGCGGCGGCGCGGGGGCUGCGGGACUGCUCUUGGGUGCUGACAAUGCCGCCACACCCACACGGACGCUUCUAUCCGCGUGCCGCUUCUCGCGCAACCAGGCGGGGACCUACUUCCGGCCGCCCGCAGCUCCAGGCGACAGUUCAGGUGCUGCUCCCGGCACUUCCUCUGCCGUUGGGUUUCCCUGGAGCGACCCCCGAAAAAGCGCGGUGACCAGCAGCAGUGGAAGCAGCGGCGGCAGCAGCAGCAGCAGUGACAGUGAUGGGUCUGCUCCAGCGACUGGCCGGCGGGCGCUGCGGCAGGCGGGUCAGCAGGACGUGGACCAGCAGCAGCGGCCGUACGACAGCCUGACAGACGCGGUGGCGGCGGCAGGCGGGCUGCGGCUGGUGGGCGGGGCACAUGCAGCGGGGCUGGGUGGCGGGCUGUACGUGAGCGACGUACGGCUGCGUGUGGAGUGCGGCUGCGUGUGGGCAGACAAUGCCGCAGCGGUAGGGGGAGGCAAGUUUGCGGGCGGCGAGGCAGGCCGACUGGUACUGGGGGCGCCAAAUUGCACCCUGCCCCUCCCUGUCACUGCUGUGAACGGCUCAAAGUCGACUAGCAACAGUACCGCAGCUGCGCCAGUGGCGGCCGAUGACAGGGUGUACGGCGGGGUGCAGUACGGCAUUGCCUUCGUACGGAACCAGGCUGUGGUGGGCGGCGGACUGGCGGCGGCGGACGGCGUGAUGGUGUCGGCGGGCGUGCGGGAAGAUGUGGCGACACGGGUGGCGGCGCUGGCAGGCGGGGGCUCCAGCGGCAGCAGCGCCACUGGCUCCAACGCAGCAGGCACCACCGGGCCGCAGGCUGUGUCGGAGGCGCUGAGGCGGGACGCAGUGGGCCCCGGUGCGGCGGUGCUGCUUCUUGCAAACAACACGGCGGCCAGUGGCGGCGGCCUGAGUGUGGCUGCGGCCUCCACGGUGUUGCUGUACGGCGCCCAGCUGCUCGACAACACCGCAGCCGCCAUUGACCAGCUGGACAUGAACGGCAAGGACGAGGAGCAGGGUGUGGCGGACGUGCUCGGCGCCUACGGCUGCGGCCUGGGUGCCGGCGGCGGCGUGUGUGUGUCUGGCAGCCCCGACCUGUCACUGCUACAGCUCAGCGGCGGUGCGCUGGCGGGAAACGCAGCUGAGUUCGCAGGUGGCUUGUUCCUGACUGCACGUUACGCUGCCACCACCUGCCCCGACACCACAUCGCGGCUCUGCUUCGCGGCGGUGUUGGAGGGCGUGGCGGCCAGUGGCAACUGGGCACGGCAGGCGGGCGGCGUGGGGUACUGGACACACGAGGGGCUGCUCCAGGUGGUGCGGUGCGGCAGCAACACCAGCGCCAGCAACAACAGCAGCAGCAUCAGUGCCGGAGACUGGCGUGCCUCGGACGCUGAGCUGGUUAACUUUCCAAAUGUAGCGCCAGCCCUGGCGGCGGCAUCGCUGCAGCCCUGCCCCGACUGGUCGGCAUCCGGCGGUGCAGCCACGGCCAACGCCGCGGGCGGACAUGGGCCGCUGCUCACCAGCACGCCCUACGCCUUGUGCCCGGCGGUGAAGGGCGACGGCGUGGCGGCGCGGGCCGCGGCUCAGGGCCAGGCGCUGCCUGCAGGCGCGGUGGCACUGCCCGUGCUGACAGCAGCUGCUGCCAAGGGUGGCGGCACGACCGCCUCUGCGGCUGCGGCUGCGGCUGCGGCGCUGUACCACACCAGUAACGUCGAGCUAGGGCUGAGUGUGGCGGUGCUGGACUACUACGGCCAGGUGUUCAGCUCGGACCUGCCACGUGAGCUGUACGUCACAGCCAUCAACGGCCGCCCCGCCAAGUGGCCAUCCCGCAGCAGCGUGAGCACGGCGGCGGGCCCAGCCGCUACUGCCGCUGCCGCAGGCGCUGACGUGGUGCCUGCCGUCCUCACGGCUGCCACCGCGGCUGCUACAGCCACCGCCCUGGCGUCCAACGGCAGCGCCUCCUUCCGCAUGAGGCCCCGGAGCACCGGCUUUGCGGCGGAGCAGGGUGUGUUCUUCACGGCGGUCUACUCGGACGACGUCGUGACUCGUCAGCUGGACACACGCCAGGCCGCGGUGCGGCUGCUACUCCGCUCCUGCCUGCUGAAUGAGGAGCGGCCCGACAGCGCUGCCGAGUGCGCCCCCUGCGCGCCGUCCUUCUACCGCUGGUCGGUGGAGGGGCUGCAGCUGGGCCGGGAAGACUUCGAGAGCUAUGACCCCGUGGGCGUCAGCCGGUGCAUGCCCUGCCCGGACAACGCGGCCUGCUCCCUGCCGCCCCAAGACGACCCCACCGGCUCUCAGCCCCUGGCGGCAUGGGGCCUGGGCAACGCGCAGCUUGCCCAACUGCUGCAGCCCCUGGGGCCACAGGGUGCCCGGCCGCUUGCACGCCGUGCACUUGAAACCGGCGGCACCGAGCCGCCACGCAUCAACGGCAGCAGCCUCGCGGACUUCCUGCAUGCGGCCAAGUCUGAGCUGGGCGCUGCAGUGGAGCUGGGUGACCGCCCCGAUGUGGAGGUGUUUGAUGCUGGCGGCCCCGCUAAGAGCCCGGUGGCGGGCGGCACGGCGGCGUCGCUGCUGCGCGGUGUGGUGGUGCCGGAUGAUGGCUACUGGCACAGCAGCAUGUUCAGCGGCCAGAUCCUGGAGUGUUUCAACGACCAGGCGUGCUCCGGCGACGGCCGCGGCGCCGCGCUGGCGAAGCUGCAGGCGGUGGCGGCCGUGUCGUUCGCGUUGCACCGCUUCCAGGCCGCGGCUGCCGCCAACUUCAGCGGUGACGCCGUGGACGUGAGUGCCUACCUGGCCCGCACCGCGGCGCUGCAGUCCGCUUACACCGCCGCGCAGUGCGGUGAGGGCUACACCGGACCGCUGUGCGGCAAGUGCGCGCCGGGGUAUGGCUGGCAGGACGGCGGCAGGUGCAUCAAGUGCCCAUCUGCCGGCGUGAACACCACCUACUACGUCCUCACCACGCUGUUCACACUGCUGGCGCUGUUCCUGGUGGUGCGGGCGGACUGGCUCAGCUUGCAGGCACACAGCCACAACAAGAAGUCGUCCAAAGGACAGAAGGAUAGUGCCAACGCUGGCAGCAGCAGCCUAGGCCGCGCCGACUCGGCAGCACAGCACGCCGCGGCUGCUGCGGCUAAUGGUGCCACCGGCGGUAUUGACCUCGGCGCGGCGCCCUCGCAGCUGCCCUCGUGCUUGUCGUACCAGCAAUACAGCGUGCAGCCUCAAUCGCCCUACCCGCCUGUAUCCCCAAAAGCCACGUCCCCGUACCCAUCCUCGCCAUUGCCACCACAGCUGCAGCCCGCACCGCCGCACCACAGCGGUGCAGAGCACCAACAGCCGCCGCCGGUGUUGCAGGGAGACAGCCGGCGAAGCGUACUGUCAGCAGCGGCGGACCCUGCUGCUGCCGCCGCCGCCGCUGAUGACGGCGGCCUUCUGGUCGGCCCAACGGACACCCUUGGAGCGGCAGGCCAGGCGGCAGGCGCAGUAGCUAUGGCAGCAGCAGGGGCAGCAGCAGGGGCAACAGCAGGUGGUAGUAGCAAGUCCGCAUUUUUAGACGCUUCUGGCAGCAUCUCAAACGGUGUCACCAGGAUGCCCGUCGCUGAGGGGAAUGAAUACCUGCCAUACCCAGGCACUACAGCCAUCGCUACGGCCAUUGCAGUGGAGUGCAGCAGCCACGAGUUCGAGAGCUCUCUCUCUGCCACAUCCGCAGCCACGUCUGCGACGGCACCUGCGAUGGGACCUGCAGCAGAUGCAGUGGCGGCGGUCUCCACAGCACCGCCGGCCGCAUUGCAAAGUGGGCACUCCAUUACCAGACGUGACGCCCGCAAACCCCACAGUGGCAAUCAGCAGCAGGCCCUGCUGCCGCCGCCUGUGUCGCCGGCACGGUCAGGCCAGCUGGAGCCGGCACCGUCAUCGCCGCAGGUGUUAAACGUCCACGCGCACAGACAGGCGUCGGCGGCUCUGGCCCUGCCACAGGCGCACGUGCUGAAGGCGGUGGUGGAGGGCAGCGAGGGUACACAUUCAUCGGGGGCCCGCACCCCAACAGGCACUCCUGCGGGAAACGUGGCAGAUGGCGUUAGCGGCCGAGGCGGCGGCGGCGGCGGCGGCAGCGGCCAUUGGUCUUUGAAGACCUGGGACAACAAGGACGUGAACGAGGAGGCCAAGCAGUGCUACCGUGACAACGUGUCGGAGAGCUACCAGUCCUCCUUCUCCAGCCUCAUCAAGGUGCUCGUCUCGUACCUGCAGGUCCUGGCGCUCAUCCGGCAGGUGGACAUGCCGCUCACGGAGCGAGUGGGGCACUACCUGCGGGGCGUGGAGCAGGUGACAUCGUUUCCCGGCUCGCUGGUCUCCAUCGACUGCUCCCUGCCCGAGGUGUCGGGCACCUCCAAGGCGUUCCUGCGCACAGUACUGGCGGCUCUGUCGCCCUUUUACGUGUGGCUAGGCUUCAGCGCCAUGGGCGUAGCUUACCUGCUGCUCAGCCACGGCCGGAACAGCGUCAUGCGCAAGGCGUCUCACCGCCGGCGGAGCGAUCUGCUGCAGGCGCAGCAGCAGCAGGCGCAGCAGCAGGCGCUGCAGAAGCAUGGGUCCGGCGCUGUAGCAAUGGCUGGUGUCAGUGCUGCCGCACAUCCUAGCAUCGGCGGCGCGGCCAGCUCCUUGGUGCAGCAGCAGUCACCCCAGUCGUCCCGUAUCCUGGACAGCUCGCGAGAGUCCUCUGCGACUUCGGCUGGCACGGCCAGUGCCGGAGUGGCAGCUGGGGCGGCAAGGGACCCGGCGGCCUCUGAGUUGGCAGCUGAGGCACCCGCAGCAGUAGCGGCCAGCAGCAGUAAUCGCCGCCUGGCGGCGGCGGCGACGACGGGCGCUCGCGGCGGCAUCAGCCUACGAUCCAGGCCGCCGCCGGGGCCAUCGCGCCUGGGCGGCGACCCGCAUGGCCUGGCCAUGACGGGGACAUCCGGGAGGGACCUCAGCACAGGCGGAGACACUGCCGGAGGCACGCCGGCCUCUGACCUGGGAAGCACGGCGGGAGGCACUGGGGCAGGGGACUCGUCCUACUCUGCUGCAUCGGCACAGCAGGGGUCUGAGCAGCUGGCUCCCGGCGGGACGGAUGCCGUCCAUGCACUGCUGGCCCACCCACCACCGCUGGCACCCUUGCCACCGGUCCCGCCGCCGCCUCCCCCGCUACACACGUCAGGUACCGGCAUGGGCUCUGAGCCGGCAGCUGGCGGCCAAUUUCUGCAGAGCAGUAGCCAGUGGCCCACCCACCUCUCAUCUGACCCGGAGAUCGGGAUACAGGUGUCAGAGUCACAGGACCAGGGCUCGACGUGGCCGCACAGCCCCACUAGUGACCCGAACGGCGGGCCCGCCGGGGGCUCUCACAAUGGCGGCGGCAACGGACACGUCAACUUGGGCCAGUCGCAGCUGAUGCCGGCGCCUGGAACAGAAGCAGCGCUGGUGGCGGUGGCAACGGCGGUAGGCACAACAGCGGCUGCCGGUGCAACUCUUGGAGCCGGUGCCGGCGCAGGCACCAGCCCCGUCAUCAGCCCCUUUCAGAUGGCAGCGAAUGCCGCGGGCAUUGUGACUCCUGCCACAUCCCGCCUAAACAUGUUCGGAUCUGGGGCCGCGCCCACACCCGCCAGCGCCAGUGCCCCGCUACCACACGGCCCGCCCGCUCGCCACGCCGCCGCCGCCGCCGCCGCUCCUGCCAGCGACCCGAGCGGCGCCCUGGUGCCAGCAGGGCAAACGGCGUCUGGCGCUGGCCUACAGGGCAUGGCGUCUGGCGCGCACGGUGUCGGAGUGCUGAACGGCUUUGGCAGUGGUGGAGUGGCUCUGGCGCAGCAACCUUCGCAGGCGCCGUUGCAAGCAAGCACGGACGCGGCGGACUCAGGAAUCAAUCCGUUCCUGUUGCGUCUGGGUCAGCUGGUGACGCUGACGGCUAUGAACACGCUGUUCUUCUUCUACCCCUCCGUGGUCACGGCGCUGCUGGCCAUCUUCAGCUGCCAGGGCUUGGACUCAACCUCCCUCGACCCGCUUGGUGAUCCGGGCGUCCUGGCGGACGCGGCGGGGCUGUACACGGCGCCCAACGGCUACUGGACGGAGGACAUGAGCCAGGAGUGCUACGUGGGGCGGCACGCGGGCCUCGCGUUCGGGCUGGGUGUGCCCGGACUCGUAUUCAUAGCGGCUGGCUGGCCUCUGGUCGUGUCAGGGCUGGCCAUCGCAGUGAGCCGCACGCGCCAUCACAAGCCAACAGCCGCCGCCGUACAGUCACACACGCAGCAUUUGCAGAGGUUGCCCUCCUCUAUUUCGACUGCGGGUGCUGGCCACCUCCAUCGUGACUGGCGCCUCAACGUACGCAAGGCGCUCAAGCCUUACUAUCAUGAGUACCGCGACAGUUGCUGCGGCUGGGAGUUCGUGGAGCUGGCGCUCAUCAUCGGCCGCGGCGAGUUGUAGUGGGGGCGGGACACCCUCUUA